UGAUGUUUUGAUUUUUGCUUGGAGAGGUAUUGAAGAAAAUUAUUUCAACUUUCUCAUUUAAUUAUGGAAAAUUUGGCAAAGUGCUUGGACAAUAUAAGAGUUCCGACAGCCAAUAAUAAAGUUUAUAAAGAUGAAUGUGUUUUCUCUUUCGAUAAUCCCGAAACCGAUACUGGUUUGUAUGUAAGUUUAACUUCGUUCAUUGGACUUGGACGAGACCAUGUCCAAAGACAUUAUCAGAAAACUGGCGAAGUCAUAUAUCUUCAUAUACGUAGAGAAAAACAUGAGGUUUCAUCACCACAGCAAGGCGAUGGACCAGAGAAAAAAAUAACCCGUUUAGCUAUUGGAGUGGAAGGUGGGUUUGACCCAGAACUGGGAAAGAAAAAGUUUGAAUAUGAAGACUUUUAUAACAUUGUUGUGCUACCUAGUUUUGCCACUAUUCCAUGGCCAAAUACUGAACUUCCUGAAUUGGUGAAGCAGUCUGUUCAGGCUAUAAUUGACUUACCUUCAGCAGGUAAAUUAGCAGAACUAGAAGCUCUUAGUGGUACAUGGGAUGGUGAGGCCAGAGUGGUAUCAAAAUAUGCCUCUGGACUCUUACAGCUCGAUAAUGGAAAAAAAAUUCCACCAACAGGGUGGAAGUGUGAAAAAUGUGACAAAACUGAGAAUCUGUGGUUGAACCUCACAGAUGGUUCCAUUUUGUGUGGUAGAAAGUUCUAUGAUGGGUCAGGGGGAAAUAAUCAUGCUAUAGAACAUUUCACUGUUAGCAACUAUCCACUUGCUGUAAAAUUGGGAACAAUUACCAAAGAUGGCAAAGCUGAUGUAUUCAGUUAUAGUGAGGAUGAUAUGGUGGAAGAUCCAUAUUUAAUACAGCAUUUGGCUCAUUGGGGAAUAAACAUUGCUAAUAUGGAAAAAACCGAGAAAUCAAUGGUAGAAUUGGAGCUGGAAUUGAACCAAAAAACAAAUGAAUGGGCAGCCCUUCAAGAAAGUGGUGGUGUUUUGAAGCCCAUUUAUGGACCAGGUUAUACAGGGAUGACGAAUAUGGGCAAUACUUGUUACUUGAACAGUUUGAUGCAGAUGCUGUUCAGGAUACCAGAUUUUGUUCACAAAUAUCAUGAGGGUGCCGACCAAAUAUUUGCAAAUGCUUCAGGGGAUCCAGCUGAAGAUUUCAAUGUGCAAAUGGCCAAACUCGGCUCCGGUCUUCUCUCGGGCAAAUACUCCGUGCCUCCGCCCGCGGGCGGUCCUGUAGACGCCGAUCCGCCCGGCGUCUGCCCCGCCAUGUUCAAGACCCUGGUGGGUAGGGGCCAUCCCGAAUUCUCCACCAAGAAGCAGCAGGACGUGCAGGAGUUCCUGCUGCACCUGCUGUCCCUGCUCGAGCGCCACACCAAGAACCAGGCGAAUCCGGGGGAGUGCUUCAAGUUCGGGGUGGAGGAGAGGUUCCAGUGCGGAAGCAGCAAGAAAGUGAAGUACCUGACUAGGUCCGACGUUAUUUUGCCGCUGGCAAUACCGAUGGAUGCGGCGAUAAACAAAGACGAGGUUUCAGCUUAUGAAGCUAGAAAAGCAGAAGCGGAAUCUCAAGGGAAGAAACUUGAACCAGAUGCAAUCGUCAGACCGAAGAUAAAGUUCUUCUCAUGCCUUGAAUCCUUCAUGCAGUCGGAAGUGAUCAACAAUUUCUAUAGUUCGGCCGUUCAAGAAAACGUAACAGCAAGAAAGACGACCAGGCUGUCGUCGUUUCCCGACCACCUCGUCGUCCAGCUGAAGAAGUUCACCCUGCGCGAGGACUGGGUGCCCAUCAAGCUGGACGUGUCCAUCGAGAUGCCGGACACGCUGGACGUUUCUGCUUUGCGUGGGGACGGACCGCAGCCGGAAGAAGAGCUGCUGCCCGAGCCGGAAGUGAGACCGCCUGCGCCCGUGAUGGACGAAGGGGUGCUCUCCCAGUUGGCCGAUAUGGGUUUUCCUCCGGAGGCUUGCAAACGGGCCGUCUUCCACUCGGCCAACUCCGGCCUGGAAGCCGCCGCUGCCUGGCUCAUGGAGCACAUCACUGAUUCGGACUUCUCCGCCCCCUUCGUGCCUCCCGGACUGGAAACCGCCAAGUUCGUUCCGGACUCCGAAGCCCUGGCCACCAUCAUAUCCAUGGGGUUCACCAAGGACCAGGCCAGUAAAGCUCUGAAAGCUACUGAUAAUAAUGUCGAGAGGGCCAUGGACUGGAUUUUUUCGCAUCAAGGCGAGCUGGCCGAGGAGGUUGGGUCUCCGGGACCCCCGGAGUUCAGGGACGGAGAAGGAAAAUAUAAGCUGAUAGGCUUCAUUUCCCAUAUGGGCACAUCCACGAUGGUGGGUCAUUAUGUGGUGCAUUUGCUGAAAGAUGGACAGUGGGUGAUCUUCAACGACAAUAAGGUGGCCUUAUCCGAGAAUCCACCGAAAGACUUGGGCUACAUUUAUUUUUACGAACGAUUGUAAUUAGUUGCUGCGAUUAUCAGGCAUUGUGAUUUUUAUAUUAAAGAAUUAAUAAAUUGAAUUAUGAUU